GGGUUUUGGCAGCCGUUCUGAAAAGACCUCUCCACCACUACUACUACUACUACUACUACUACUACUACUACUACUACUACUACUACUACUACUACUACUACCACCUGGCAUUCAUCCCAGAGUGAUAUAAAGCAAAAAAAAAAAAAAGACAAGAGAAACGUGUGAAGGAAGGAAGGAAGGAAGGAAGGAAGGAAGGAAGGAAGGAAGGAAGGAAGGAAGAAAAGAAGGAAGGAAGAAAAGAAGGAAGGAAGAUACAAGAAUGAAUAACAGGCGACAUGAACAGGGGGCGUGGUGGGCAGGGUGGGUUGGUCACAUGCCCCGAGUGACCUCCCUUCUGCAGGAGAGGGCGUGGCUGUCCCCCUGGGUGGUGCCGAAGACUAUAAACUCCAUACUAAGAGCUAUAGGAAUUGUAGCCUUUGCCAACAGCCCCCUCAGCGGUCUCCUCAUCCUGGCGGCCAUGUUUGUAGGCAACCCCGACGUGGGAUGGGCGUGUCUGCUGGCCGGUGUCAUUGGGGUCAUCUUUGCUAAGCUCCUGAACCAGCCAGAGGACCUACUAAAUGACGGAGUGGUGGUCUUCAAUGGUAUACUGGUUGCCUGCAUCUCUGUGGCUGUGUUCCCUUCCCUCUCAGGACACCAGGUGGACUCAAUCUUCUGGGGCUUGCUGGUGGUGAUGCUGGUGGUCACUGCAUACAUUGAUAAGGGUUUAAAUGCCCUAAUGGCCCCUUCAAAGCUGCCCGCCCUAUCCAUCCCCUUCAACAUCGCUGCGGUCCUCUUGCUACUAAGCCUGAGGGGGUCGGUGGGCAUGACAGGCACACACACACCCAACGCAGUGAUGGAAGGCAACGGAAGCGGAGAUGGAAAUGUAAACUUGACUCUCGGUGAUGAAAAUGAGUCGUUGUUGCAGCUCGAGGGAAAUGUUUCGGAGAUUAAUUGGUUGAAGGUAGCGGAGGGCACUGUGUUGGCAGCAGGACAGAUCUACGGCGUGGGCACAAUGGACUCCUCAAUCCUGGUUUUGCUCGGGUUCCUGGUCUUCUCGCCACUCCUUACCACCUUCUUCCUCCUCGGCAGCAUCAUUGGAUCUACGCUGGGUGCGGUGAUGAGUGUGGCGCCCUACAGUGAGGUGUACGCUGGGCUGUGGGGCUACAACGCGAUGCUCUCGGCUGGUGGCACUGUCUAUUUCCUACAUGUCACUCCCUCCUCCACCCUCGCUGCUGUGAUCUGUGCCACCCUUGCCGCCCUCACCCAGGCUGCCUCACUUCAUGUCUUCAGUGCGAUGACAGUCCCAGUGCUAUCCUACCCUUUCAACGUGGCUACCCUCCUCAUCCUGGCCAUCAGCAAAGCCCCUAAUCCGCCCCUGCUGUGGGUCACUAUAAAGACCUUCCCUGAACACCACAUCUUCACCCACCUCAAAGGACACAGAAGGGAGGAUAGUCUGGACCCAGAGGAGAACCACCAAGAAUUCCCUCUCUCCAUCACCAACAAAUAGACAGACAGACAGACAAAGAGACAGACAGACAGAGAGACAGACAGACAGACAGAGGGCAACUUGAUGUAACUGCAAGAGGAGGAGGAGGAGGAGGAGG